UGUGCCAAUUGUUGAGUGCAUGCCCAGUGGCUAGCAUCAAAUGUAAUAAACUGAAUUAACUAUCUUGAGAAAACAGUAGGUGUUCGGGUUGCUGCCUAUUAUACCCUGGUGUGGAACCAAGUCUCUAGAAGACAUGAGAUUCAGAAAAUGCAGGCUUGGCCUUAGCUAUGAAGCUUUGAUUGCAAGAACAUUUGCUCCUCUCCGGCAUGGAUCAACAAUCUGGAUCAGCCUCCAGCUCCAGAUGAUUGCCAUGGACCUCAGCAGAUCUCCAGAUUCAAUGUCCCUUAUGAGAGUUCAUCCCAAGCAAGUUAAGUACAGACUUUCACCAUUCUUUAGUACUUUGCGUAUUUUCAACAUACAUUUAAAGCCUAUUAAUUGCGCUUAAUUCUUCCAUUUCCUUUCAUCUGGUCUUUUUUUAAUGUGUCGACAUGUUCACAAGUGGGGGGGGGGAACCAAUUCUUAAUUACAUCAAAACACAUAAGGUUUUUUUUGCAAUGACUGCUUUUAGAUAACAACUUGAUGAGAUUAACAAUACUUAGAAAACUAGUGAAGGAUUUUACUGGGGUGUUCAUUAAGGAUAUUUUCAGAGAAGACUGCCACAGUGGGUAAAGUCUGACUGAGUGGGUAGAGUCCACCCUCUAGUAAGAUGGGCUCUAUCCAUUCAGCUGAGGACCUGGGUAGAAUAAACAGGAAUUUGUCUUUUUCCCUUGUAGAGCUAAGACACCGUCUACUCCCGCCUAUAGACAUCGCAACUCGCGUAUUUACAUUCCAGGACUCUCAUCAUCCAUUUCUUCAGACCUUUAGUUUCAGAAUGGCACUCCCAGCACCGGCUUCCCUGGUUCUGGCCCUUUAGGAAUUAGACUGAGCCAUCUAGUAACAUUCAAGGUUUCCAGCAGCUCGUUAUGGGGCCUCGAAAAUCGCCAUAGUUACAUAAGGCAAUUCCUGUACUAACUAUUCCUUCAUCUGUCUGUCUGUCCUCUUGGCUCUCUCUCACUGAGAACAUUGACAUAUAAUUACCCCUCACACAUGAGUUAGGUAUAUAAUAUUAUUUUGUGAUGUAGUGCUAGUUCCUUUGGUUUAGCCUGUCUUCACAUCUUAUUUUGAAUUGGUUUCCCUUGGGUCUUUAGAAGAAAUGAACCCAUUCCUACUUAUAGGUUAUAGUUGGUCUCCUGUCUAUAAAAGGGCGAUAUUUACAAUUUAUACGUGUGCAUGUUCCUCAGAAGUUUUUUUUUUUUUGCCCUUUCUUUUAGGACAUCUUGCACACUUUCAUGUGCCCCUGAACCUGUUCCGAGUGGAAAACUAGCACCUUUCUGGGCUUUUAUCCUGGAUAGCGUUUUUCUGAGCUUUUCUCCAGAAUGUGGCACAGUGUCUUUGACUGGGAUGGCAUUGCCAUCAGGAACACCAAAGCUCUUUUACCACCAUAAAUUCUAGGCAGAACACAAAUUUAUUUGUUUUUGAGAAGGCAGUGCAAUCUCACCAUUGGUUUUGUGAUCAGACCAUAAUCCUACGAACAGGAACCUCAUUUAUUGCCUGUGGAAAUGCAGAUUGGUAUAACCACUCUGAGAACUGUUUAUUGCUUUCUUUUAAAACUAAUUCAUGCAUUUACCAUAUAAUCAACAGUAACAUUCCUGGGAAUUUAUUGCAGAAAAAUGAAAAUCUAUAAACACAUAAAUGCACUCUGCAACCUACCCACAAAUGUUCAAAGCAACACUAUUUGCCAUAGUCCUAAACUGGAAACAAUUAAGAAGCUACAUAAUAGGAGGGAAGCUAAACAAACCAUGAUACGUAUAUGCUGCAGAACGCUGUUUCAGUGAUGGACCUGCAAAAACAUGGAUCAUUUGCAAAGGUUUUCUACUGACUACAAGGCAAUCUUAAAAGGACACGUAGUGGUGUAUGUAACAUCAUCAAUGAUGAUAUUGCUUUUUGGUUUUUGUUUUGUUUUGUUUUGUUUUGUUUGUUUUUUCGAGACAGGGUUUUUCUGUACUUUGGUGCCUGUCCUGGAACUAGCUCUUGUAGAUCAGGCUGGCCUUAAACUCACAGAGAUCCACCUGCUUCUGUCUCCUGAGUGCAGGGAUUAAAGGCGUGAGCCACCACCGCCGGCCAAUAUGAUAUUGUUAAGAUGGAAAAAUAUUCCUUCAUUCUUCCGGAGGUGGAGUUGAUGGGUCGUGUGUUGGGUAAACUGUGACUGAAGGUUGGCAAUGGGGCACCUGUUCCAGGAUGGUCCUGUAUUGCAGCUGGAAUGCUUACACACGCCUAUACGCUUGAUAAAUGGCACAGUGAGGUAGAAGCUCUGGGACAAGGUUAACGUUUCUGGGCUUUGUUCUGUGAUGCUUGAUUGACCCUUGAAGUAAUGUGGACAGAAGUUCUCAAAUGUGUUUCUUAGAACCACUGGACCCAGCACUGUAUCUUCAUGUUCACUUAAAUAAGAACUUGCCAAAGAAAGAGAAUGGGAGUCUGGUUAAACAAAGAUGACUUUCUCAGAGACUUGAAGCGGAUCGGUCUCUGUCUUCUGAUAGUGUUUGUGGUUGUUGUGGUAGGCACGGAUCAGAAUUUUUACAGUUUACUCGGAGUAUCUAAAACUGCAAGCAGUAGAGAAAUCAGACAAGCCUUUAAGAAAUUAGCACUGAAGUUACAUCCUGAUAAAAACCCAAAUAACCCAAAUGCACAUGGUGAUUUUUUAAAAAUAAAUAGAGCAUAUGAAGUCCUCAAGGAUGAAGAUCUGCGGAAGAAGUAUGACAAGUACGGGGAGAAGGGACUUGAAGACAACCAGGGAGGCCAGUAUGAGAGCUGGAGCUACUACCGCUAUGACUUCGGUAUUUAUGAUGAUGAUCCUGAAAUCAUAACAUUAGAAAGAAGAGAAUUUGAUGCUGCUGUUAAUUCUGGAGAACUGUGGUUUGUAAACUUUUACUCCCCGGGAUGUUCACAUUGCCACGAUUUAGCCCCCACUUGGAGAGAGUUUGCUAAGGAAGUGGAUGGGUUACUUCGCAUCGGAGCUGUCAACUGCGGCGACGACCGGAUGCUCUGCCGGAUGAAAGGGGUCAGCAGCUACCCCAGCCUCUACAUCUUCAGGUCUGGGAUGGCUGCAGUGAAGUAUAACGGAGAUCGGUCAAAGGAAAGCUUGGUGAGCUUCGCCAUGCAGCACGUCCGGAGCACAGUGACAGAGCUGUCCACAGGGAAUUUUGUUAAUGCCAUAGAAACUGCUUUUGCUGCUGGUAUCGGCUGGCUGAUCACGUUUUGUUCUAAAGGAGAAGAUUGUUUGACUUCGCAGACACGACUCAGGCUCAGUGGCAUGUUGGACGGUCUUGUCAGCGUGGGGUGGGUGGACUGUGACACCCAGGACAGCCUCUGCAAGAGUUUGGACGUCACAGCAAGUACCACUGCCUAUUUUCCUCCCGGAGCCACUUUGAAUACCAGAGAAAAGUCCAGUGUUUUGUUCCUUAAUUCAUUGGAUGCUAAGGAAAUAUACAUGGAAAUCAUGCAUCAUCUUCCAGACUUCGAACUGCUUCCAGCAAAUAAAUUAGAGGAUCGUUUGGCGCACCAUCGCUGGCUCGUAUUUUUUCAUUUUGGAAAAAAUGAAAAUGUAAAUGAUCCUGAAUUGAAAAAACUAAAAACUCUGCUUAAAAAUGAGCAUAUUCAAGUUGGAAGGUUUGACUGCUCCUCUGCACCGGGCGUCUGCUCUGAUCUCUACGUUUUCCAGCCCUGCCUAGCAGUGUUUAAAGGACAAGGAACCAAAGAGUAUGAGAUCCACCAUGGAAAGAAGAUUCUAUACGAUAUACUUGCUUUUGCCAAAGAAAGUGUUAAUUCCCAUGUUACCACGCUUGGACCUCAGAACUUCCCUGCAAGUGACAAGGAACCAUGGCUUGUUGACUUCUUUGCCCCGUGGUGCCCACCCUGUCGAGCUCUUUUGCCAGAGUUACGGAAGGCAUCAACGCUGCUCUAUGGCCAGCUCAAAGUUGGUACACUAGACUGCACGGUUCAUGAAGGGCUCUGCAGCAUGUAUAACAUCCAAGCUUAUCCAACGACAGUGGUAUUCAACCAGUCCAGCAUACAUGAGUAUGAAGGGCACCACUCUGCGGAACAAAUCUUGGAAUUCAUAGAGGAUCUGAGAAACCCUUCAGUGGUCUCUCUGACACCCACCACUUUCAAUGAGCUCGUCAGACAGAGAAAGCACGACGAAGUCUGGAUGGUCGAUUUCUAUUCUCCGUGGUGCCAUCCCUGUCAGGUCCUAAUGCCGGAGUGGAAACGAAUGGCCCGGACAUUAACUGGACUGAUCAGUGUAGGCAGUGUGGACUGCCAGCAGUAUCAUUCUUUUUGUACCCAAGAAAAUGUUCAGAGAUACCCCGAGAUAAGAUUUUAUCCCCAAAAGUCAAAUAAAGCUUACCAGUACCAUAGUUACAACGGCUGGAAUAGGGACGCCUACUCCCUGAGAAGCUGGGGGCUCGGAUUUCUACCCCAAGCGUCCAUAGAUUUAACACCUCAGACUUUCAGCGAGAAAGUUUUAGAGGGGAAGACUCACUGGGUGGUUGAUUUCUAUGCUCCUUGGUGUGGACCUUGCCAGAACUUUGCUCCAGAGUUUGAACUCUUGGCUAGGAUGAUCAAAGGAAAAGUGAAAGCUGGGAAAGUGGACUGCCAGGCUUACCCCCAGACAUGCCAGAAAGCUGGCAUCAAAGCCUAUCCGAGUGUUAAAUUUUACCGCUAUGAAAGAUCAAAGAAAAGUAUUUGGGAAGAGCAAAUAAAUUCCAGAGAUGCAAAAACUAUUGCUGCCUUAAUUUAUGGAAAAUUGGAAACUCUCCAAAGCCAAGGAAAGAGAAACAAGGAUGAGCUUUGAUGAUGUUGAAGAAAAAAUUUUUUAAGAAAAAAGAAUCUGGAAAAUAACAUCAGAAGAUCCGUUUUCCAAACAUUAAGAUGCUCUUGAGGAAGCCGACACAGUGACCUUGGCCUUGCAGUUGCCCUGUGCCAGCUGAGCUCCUCUGUGCCGCCACAGCCUGCAGAUACUUCCUGUCUGGGGCCAGCAGACAUCUCAGCGACAUCUGAGACGGAGGCCACGUGUGGUUCUUGGCUGCAUCUUUGUUGUUGUUGUUAAUCCCUUUAGAAAAGCACACGCCAUUCUUAGCUCAGGGCCGUGCAGGAGUGUUCCCUAUGCCACGUGCAGUCCAGGCACUGGUUCGCCGACUGCACCUGGCUCUCUGUGUGCAUCUGUUCUAUUCUGUCUGUACAGAGUGGACUUGGGUUUCUACUGUAAUCUUACGAUAGUCCUGACAGAAAGUGACUUGGUUUUCCAUCACCCCUUCUACAAAUUCUGCCUUUGACCAUAUAUUUUAUUUUUAUUUUGACUACUUUCACAAUAUAGCAAAAUAAAAGCGCACCCAUUUUUCAUACUGUAUACUAGUGUAUAUACAGAGGUUCUCCUUUUGUUUCCUCGUAAGAAUUGGAGAGAUAUUCUUAACACAACAGUGAAUGUAAAACUCUUGUAAACUAUGAUUCUAGAACAAAGUAAGGAAAGUACAGCAGUUAAGUGGACAGCGUCGGAGUCACCAUGUCUUCACGGGCACACAUUUGUCCGCUUUCAUAAAUGUGUUCCUGCUGACGGCUUGGUUUGUGUUGUUUGCGGUGUCCUGAUAUUUACACACUGCCUCUGGGGUCUCUGUUCUCAUCAUUCACAUUGAUUUCUACUCCUGUCUAGUCUUCACAAUUCAGAUAGGAACAAUAAUUUUACAUUUAUUUGAAUGUGGCUCAUGGUGAUGUUGUUCCUCAGUUAUUCCUGUCAAAUGGUGUCCUUUUCAGUACAGAAUUGCCAUAGCAACUGCAGUUAUUUUUACUGAAAUCAAGCACAUGAUGGACUCUCCAUUUCUCAGUUGUUGGACUAAAGGGCCACAAGGUUGCUCCUGCGACUCAAACCCCGAGUGCCCUGUAUUGUAAUUCUCUCUCAGCUGUGUGGGUGGUCAGAGGACACCAGUGAAUAAAGUCAGAUGAUUUUUCUAAA